AUGGGCAGGAACAAGCCCGCCAGCAGGCUUCUCUCGAGUGGCCGCCCCCCUACCCUCAAAAAGGCAAAGUCAAUAUCUCGCAAAGAAACCAGGGCUCUCAUCAACUCUCAUCACACUUUACAGAAGAAACGUCAACAGGCUCUUGCACGCGGUGACGAGAAGGAAGCGGCAGCAAUAGCCGCAGACAUAUCUGCCCUGGGUGGCCUCGAGGAGUACCAACGAGCCAGUCUUCAAGGGCAGAGGGUAGAUCGGGGUGGGGACAGCUCCAGAAUCCUUCUCGACUGGUUGCGAUCAGCCAAUCUACAGCCCUCGGUAACCAUAUCCAGCGGGAAGGAUAAGGGCGGCGUCUAUCGCCGGUUGCGAAUGCUCGAGGUGGGCGCCCUCAGCACCCAGAACGCCUGCUCCAAGAGCGGUCUUUUCGAGAUGGAGCUUAUCGACCUCAACAGCCAACAAGCGGGAAUUCUGCAGCAGGACUUCAUGGAACGACCUCUUCCCAAGGAUGAUUCGGAGCGGUUUGACAUCAUCUCACUCAGUUUGGUGCUCAACUACGUCCCGGACCACUCCCAGCGCGGUCAGAUGCUUCUCCGCACGCUCUCCUUUCUCCGCCAGCCAGAAGACGCUCCAUCAGAGACUUCCUGCACCCUCUUCCCCUCAUUAUUUGUCGUCCUGCCCCGAAGCUGCAUCGCCAAUUCACGCUACUUCUCCCAUGAUAGGCUGGUUGAGCUGAUGAAUCUCUUGGGUUACGUCCAGCUCCAGGGCAAGGUCACGAACAAACUAGCCUAUUCUUUUUGGCGUAGAGAAGCCGCUCCUUGUUCGCCGUUGCCAAUAGUUGCCAAGAAAGAGCUCAACCCGGGGGUGAAUCGAAACAAUUUCACAAUCACUCUCAAUAACUCAUAA